AUGAUCAACCAACAAAGUAAAAAUAUUUUUGCCGCUUCGACUUCAACAGUUCGGUUUUUUAAAAUAAUUACCACACAAAAUAUUCAAGAUGGAAAAAUAAGGCUUCCAAAGGGGUUUACUACAAAGCAUGCCAAUGAUAUGCUAAAUCCUAUAUUUCUCAUGACUCCGGAUGACAAAAAAUGGGAAAUACAUAUUACUAAAGUUGAUGAAGAUUUUUGGUUUCAAAAGGGUUGGAAGGAAUUUGCAACGUACUAUUCAUUAGAUCAUGGGAAUAUGAUUUUGUUUCAAUUUGAGGAAAAAUCUCAUUUUGUGGUGCAUGUAUUUGGUAAGAGUACCCUUGAAAUUCAAUAUCUUUGUCGUGACAAUCAACAUGAACAAAACAACAUUGUCCAAUCCAGUGAUGAAGACUCAGUUGAAAUCUUGAAUACGUCAAAUUCAUCUAAAAAAAAGAUUAGACAAAAAUCACCAAUUCUAUGUCCUCAACCAAUUAAGAAAUUGAGAAAUUACACAAAUGAAGGUGUUGGAACAAGUACUAAGUUUCAAAUUAGUGAUGAUACACUUGAAGGUGAUGGAAAAGAUUCGAAAUUGUCCUAUUUUUCUAAGCAUUAUAUUCAAGCUAACGAUGAGAACAUAGAGGGUAACCCUAAAUGUCAAAAAGAAGAGCAGGAGGAACAAACUUCUAAAAUUAAUGAAGCAAUAAAUAGAGCAAGAAAUUUCAAAUCUGAAAAGCCUUAUUUCACCAUUGUUAUGAAAUCUUCACAUCUUUCUACUCAAAUUUUGCAUGUCCCAAUAAUUUUUACAAAAAAAUAUAUGAAGAAAGGGAAGAGUGAUAUUCUUCUUCAACUAAUGGAUGGAAGAACUUGGGAUGCAAAAUUUUAUUUUGGAAAAAUUAACGUUGGAUGGAAGAAAUUUGUAGCCGACAAUAAGUUGAAAAUUGGUGAUGUAUGUGUUUUCGAAUUGAUCGAAAGCAAAGAUGUUACUUUUAAAGUAUUAAUAUUUCAACUUGAACAAGAAUCACAUUUAACUCUUCCUCGAGAAUUGGUUCAAAGAGAAAAGGAUCGUGUGAGAGAGAAAAACACAAGUGAGUCGAAGAAGUUUGAGUCAUUGAUGGAAAGGACUAAGGAAACAACAGAGAACGUUGAACUAUAUGUUGCUUCAAAUAUGAGGGAGGUGUUAAUAGGAUUUUAUUGUAAAAUACUUCAUGAGAUUCAGAAGAUUCCAAAGAUCAUGGAUAUCGUAAAGCCGUUGAAAGAAUUACAAAUCAAAAACUUAUAG